CUGCGGCGGACAGAACAAAAACAGAUUCGUCUUCGCAUUUCUUGCAUUGUUGGUGAAGUUUAGGAUUUUCAAGGAGAUUCUGAUGGGGUUCAUGAUAGUUGGUCAUACCCACACCGACAUCGAAGCGAAGUUUAGUUUGUUUGCUCGCAAACUGAACGCCUCCGACGCGUACACGAUGAAAGAACUGUUUGCGGUGUUGCAACAGUCAUGUGAGGAGCAAGUGGAGUGCACCCAACUGCUGGAAAUGGUGGACUGGAAAACCGCGAUCUCGCCGUACCUUGACAACUUGAUUUCAGGCCAUGCCACACCCCACCUUUUCCGUUUCUACAUGGAGGAUGAUAACCCGGCUAUGCUCUACAAAGCGCACUGCACCGACAAGAACUGGGGGCUUGAGAAGGGACCGGUAUACUGGUUCAAACGGAGUGCAGACAAGAAAUGGGCAGGCCCCGAAUGGGGGUUCGAGCCGCGCCGCGAGUCGCCCAACCCCGCUUCCGGCGACUUUACAAAUGGCAAAGCGGGUUUGCGCGUUUUAGUUAAAACGUGGAAGGACGCAAUGAACGAAUGGGAAACACAAACAAUAGAGGAGCGACAACUCAAAACUAGCAAGCUGAGAUAUUGGACAGAGCGUUUGACCGAGUUCGACAACAUUGAGGUGGAAGAGACCGGAACAGUCGACAUUCCCGAGGAUGAGGAUGGGGAGGUCGUCAAGCUUAGGAAGGAGCUGGAGGUUUUGAAACCACAGGUUGCUGGGGGAACCAACGAGUCAAGGAUCGAAGUUUUGAAAGAGACCUUGCACAAGAAGACGGGUCAAGAGAGUGAAGAGGAGCGUCUCCGACAGGAAAUCGGGGAGCUGAAGAGUCGACAGGAAAAAGGGAAGGAGAAGUUGGAUACGCGGAAGGAGGAUGAAGUUCUGGCUAUGCAAUUGCAAAUCAAAGAGUUGAGCAUGAUAAGAUCUGAGCUGGAAGAAAAGAAUGUGGAGCUGGCAUCAUUAAAGGUGGAGAACAGUCAUUUGAGGAAGGAAUUGCGGGACUUGAGGGAAGAAGUAUUGACGCGGGGGAAGAGAAUCGUCGGGGUUGUGACUGAGAGUAGCCCUCUGGAGGAGCCAGCGAAGGGAAAGCAGAAAGCGGAUCUGAAUUCCACGACUAUGUAUACGGAUAAAGACCUGGAAGCUCUGCAGAAAAACUGCAAACAAUUCUUGGUCGCGAAAGAUACGGCACUGAAGGAGGCAGAGAUGGCGAAGAUGGGAGCUUUUUGGAUUUGGCUUACUGCAAGGAAAACCUCUAUGAGGAAAACCAUCCCAAGAAACUUGAAGACUACCUUCCAAGCGGUGGAGGUUGGUCCGGAUGACAAUGAGGAGGAGGAGGGACAAGAGUUGUGGGCUACUAAAGGCAACACGCAGUCUAUCGUGGAGGUUGCUCACGAUUUGGGGGAAGCCAAGAUGAACAGAUUUCGGGAGCUAGGCCUGAAGGAAACCCGCCAAUCAAAGAAAGCAGACAUGGAGGUUGCCUGUGAUGAGAAAGGCAUUACUUUCAUUAAGUUGGAACAAGCGAAGAUGGAUGUCUUUGAGAUCAGGGUCAGGCGGGACUAUGACGUUUGACUUAAAGACAAGGGACGACAGGAAAGGCAGAAACCGAAUGAAGAUGAUGAAGAUCC